GCGUCAUUUUUGAAGAAGCUAAUUCAUCGUUGAUACAUCUGUGGCAUACGUGAUAUAUAUAAUUUUUCUUGAGUUUAUUAUUCAAAGGCAACUAAAAAGAAAAAUGUCCGAUGAUCAGAAACGUGGACGCAGGCGUCCACUUUAUGAUGAAGAACCCUCUACUUCCCGAGAAAAUAGAGAUGGGCCGCACAGCAAAGUAGCCAGAAACUAUUCAUCGGAUGGGUCAAGACCGGCUCCAAGGUCAGAUCAUCGAGGUAGUAGUGGAGCUCCCCAUGAUCGAUAUGCAGGGGCACAUGACGAAGCUCCCAAACGAGAAGGAGCACCUGAUGGAGCAUCCAGAAAGGAAUGUGGCCCACCAGAGCGUCGGCCGCGAGGCGAUCGCUUUGAUUUCGUGAAUUCCCGUCCGGUUGAAUUGGUAUCCAAGAAGGGAACAGAUGGAAAACUCAUUACACUGCAAACUAACUAUUUCCGACUUAAUACCAAGCCGGAGUGGCGAAUCGUCCAUUACCAUGUGGAGUUCGAGCCGAGCAUCGAGAACCCCGCGUCCGUUAUGGGGGUAUUGUCGAAUCAUGUAAACAUCCUGGGAUCGGGCUAUCUUUUCGAUGGACUGCAGUUAUUCACAACAAGAAAAUUUGAGCAGGAAUUAACCGUACUGAGUGGAAAGUCCAAGCUUGACAUUGAAUACAAAAUAUCGAUAAAGUUUGUGGGCUUUAUUUCGACUGCAGAGCCUCGUUUUUUGCAAGUGCUAAAUCUUAUUUUGCGCCGCUCGAUGAAAGGCUUAAAGCUGGAACUAGUGGGUCGUAAUCUCUUCGAUCCCCGAGCUAAGAUUGAAAUAAGAGAGUUUCAAAUGGAGCUUUGGCCGGGCUAUGAAACAUCGAUCCGACAGCAUGAAAAAGAUAUUCUUUUGGGCACUGAAAUAACUCAUAAAGUCAUGCGCACUGAAACCGUCUACGACAUAAUGCGACGUUGUACUCAAAAUCCGGCUCGUCACCAAGACGAAGUCCGUAUGAAUGUCUUGGAUUUAAUUGUGCUAACAGAUUAUAAUAACAAAACUUACCGUAUCAAUGAUAUAGACUUUGGGCAAACUCCAAAGUCAACAUUCAGUUGCAAAGGAAGGGAUGUCAGUUUUGUUGAGUACUACCUCACCAAAUAUAAUCUACGUAUACGGGACCAUGAUCAGCCGUUGUUAAUAUCGAAAAAUAGGGACAAGGCUCAGAAGACCAACGCUAGUGAGUUGGUGGUACUUAUUCCGGAGCUUUGUCGAGUAACUGGGCUGACUGACAACAUGCGGUCAAACUUCCAACUUAUGAAGUCCAUGAGUACUUACACACGAAUGAAUCCCAAGCAACGCAUGGAUCGACUGCGCUCUUUCAACCAUCGAUUGCAAAAUACUCCUGAAAGUGUAAAAGUAUUAAGAGACUGGCAUAUGGACCUGGAUAGGAAUAUCACUGACGUAACAGGUCGCAUAAUUGAUCAGCAGAAAAUCGUGUUCCAGCAUGCAAAGGUUCCAGCUGAGGAGAACGCUGAUUGGACAAAGCACUUCAGGAACCAACAAAUGCUGACCACUCCGAGCUCUGGCAUCGACCGUUGGGCUGUCAUCGCACCAGAAAGGAAUGCUCAUGAACUUAGGGUUUUGCUUGACAAUUUGUUUAAGGUGGCUGGUGGAAUGGGCCUAAGGAUUGCAAGACCCCAAGAGUUCAAAAUUUAUGACGAUCGCACUGCAACCUAUGUGCGAGCUAUUGAUGAUAGUGCUCGCACGGAUCCGAAACUAAUUUUGUGCCUUGUCCCCAAUAACAACGUUGAAAGGUACUCUUCAAUUAAAAAGAGGGGAUAUAUUGAUAGAGCUGUGCCAACUCAAGUUGUGACGUCUAAAACGGCGAGGAAUCGUGGCCUUAUGAGUAUUGCCACCAAAAUAGCAAUUCAAUUGAAUUGCAAAUUGGGAUAUACUCCUUGGAUGGUCGAGGUGCCAUUGUCUGGGUUAAUGACGAUAGGCUUUAACAUCGCGAAGAGCACCCGGGAUCGCAAGAGGGCCUACGGGGCAUUGGUGGCGUCCAUGGAUCUUCAGCAAAACGCCACGUACUUCAGCACUGUUUCGGAGUGCAGUGCCUUUGAUGUGCUUGCCAACACGCUUUGGCCCAUGAUAGCAAAAGCUCUGCGGCAAUACCAGCGAGAGCAUAAAAAAUUGCCCACGCGAAUUUUACUUUAUCGAGAUGGGGUAAGCUCAGGCUCUCUAAAUCAGCUUUUUGAAUAUGAAGUAAAGGAUAUCGUCGAGAAGGUGCAAGCGGAAUACAAGCGCGCCGGUGUCCCUCCAGCGCAAAUGGCUUACAUUGUGGUUACCAAAGCUAUGAACACACGUUUCUUCCUUAACGGCCAAAACCCUCCACCUGGGACUAUCGUUGAUGACGUUAUAACUCUUCCCGAGCGCUAUGACUUCUAUCUGGUCUCGCAGCAAGUUCGCCAGGGCACAGUUUCGCCAACCAGCUAUAAUGUCCUAUACAGCACCAUGGGAAUUAGCCCAGAUAAAAUGCAGAAGUUGACCUACAAGAUGUGCCAUUUGUACUAUAAUUGGUCAGGCACCACACGUGUGCCCGCCGUUUGCCAGUAUGCUAAAAAGCUUGCUACCCUUGUCGGUACAAACUUACAUUCCAUUCCGCAGAAUGCACUUGAAAAGAAGUUUUAUUAUUUAUAAAUUUAUACUACU